UCCAAGAGCCAAUAGUAGGAGGCAGGAGCGGAAAGACCCGCCCCCCUCUUGCCGAGAAACGACGCAAGGCUGGCUAUAAAACCACUCACAGCCUGUUCCGAGAUCAGAAUAACACGGCGGACUCACAAAGGAACAACGCACAGCACUUGUCUCUUGUUUUUUUGUUUCUGGGUACGCUGCAACAACUCGAUCGCGCUUGGAUUAUAACUAUGACUCUGGAAGAGAUCAACGGACAGGAGAACACGAUGGAAAACACUGACAGGGUGCAAAGUGCAGGCGCAGCCCUGGAGGAGCUGCUGAUCGCUGCUAAGAAGCAGGACUACCUGACAGUCGGAGUUUACGAAUCCGCAAAAGUCAUGAAUGUUGACCCAGACAGCGUGGCGUUCUGCGUCCUCGCCACGGAUGAGGAGUACGAGGGUGACAUCGCCCUCCAGAUCCACUUCACCCUCAUCCAGGCUUUCUGCUUCGACAAUGACAUCAACGUGGUGCGCGUCAACGACAUCGAGCGCCUGGCCGACCUCGUGGGUGCAGAGGAGGGCGGCGAGCCCAAGGACGCGCACUGCAUUCUCGUCACGAGCCCCAGUGCAAACCCCUGGAAAGACCCUGCACUGGACAAGCUGAGCCUUUUCUGCGAGGAGAGCCGCAGCGCCUACGACUGGGUGCCCACCAUCACCCUCCCAGAGCGCUGAGGUGACCUUCUGCUUUUAAGAAGAAGAAGAUGAUGGAGAAAGAAAAGCCAAGAAGCUGACUUUCAGCUGAACCAAGCCUUUCUGCUUCACCUGUCUGGAUUAAGAGGCUGUGGUUGCACUCCCUCAGUCUUGCAGGAGGAGCGCAUGCCUUCCAGAGCAUUCUGGGUCCAGCAAGUUGGUUCUGGAUCACCCCCGUGUGAAGGGCUGAAACUCAAGAGAUGACGUGUUGACUGGGUCAAGUGGACACGAGGCCUGAUGGACACUGAGAAGGAGGUGGACUGUGUGGUGCGUUGGGGGCGGGGUGACCCCAUGCUUGCCCUACAUAACAUGGCAUGUGGGGGCGGCACGUUGAGCAGCCGGGUCACAGAGAUACUGUGGACUUAUGAGAAAGUGAGGACUCUAGACUGAAUGUCAUCACAGAAGGAAAAAGUCAAGAAGCGGGUUCUGAAGAUGAUGCCUGAAAAAGUGUCUCAAUGGAUGAUUUCUUUGUGAGUGGCAGCCUGUCAGGAAUUUCUUGGAACAAGCAAAGACUCUGCUUGCAAAUCCUGACUUGAGCUGUUACCAGUGAAACUCUCACGGACUAAUACUUUUACUUUCAAACAUGCAUAUACAAUGCAAUAUCCACGUGAAUUGUACUCAUUUUGCAAUGAUUUGUGAAUAAACACUUGGAAUCAAAACUUC